AUUCCAAAAACUAAUUUGUCCUUGCGUGCACAUGCGAAAACAGAGCACGAAAAAGCGGUAAAUAACAUUAAAUACACGACAGGGACGCUUUUCGUGCAUUUCGUCGGCUGUGAAGAUGGAUCCAGAACUAAAGAAGGCAUUUACCGAAAUGCAGGUGAAUAAGAUCGAAUCUACGAAGAAGAUCCGCCUGCUUCACAUGAAAACGGAUAGUCUGAAACUUUCGAAGCAGCGUAUCGAAGUAACUAACAGACACAUCUCCAGCCUGGAACCCGAUACCAGAGUGUAUGCUUCGGUUGGGCGUAUGUACGUGCUGAACGAUAUCCCAACAUUGACCGAGCACCUUCAAACAACCCAAGCUUCCUACGAAGAAAUGAUCGCGCAGUGCGAGAAGAACAAAGACUUCUUGAUUAAAAACCUCAAGGAGCAGGAAGAAAGUCUUCGUGAGCUGGUGCAACAGAAGAAAGCAGAGACGACCGAAACGAAUGGGAAAUCAGCGGAAUAGUUGCACAUCGCUAUAAGUUAACCUAAACGAACAAUAAAUUAACAAUCC